AUGUACAGCGCUCGUGGCCACCUGGAGUCCCCGGCCCCUUGCGUGGGCACACUUUUUGCGCCCGCAUUAUUGACAGGCUGGACCCGUUUCGGCCUGUCCAGGGCGUUUUCUUCAUUUAACAAGUCCUCCCGCACCCGUGUCGUGGCAGGCUUCCCCGAAGCGGGCAUUCUUGAGACCGUCUUGUCGGCCCAGAACGGCUCCAGUGGCAGUAAUGAAUAUCGACGACCACCGAAGUGGGGAAGCCGUGGUGGUCGCGCCGACCACUCCUGGCUCUGGGAACUCAACCCGGUUUCCCCCAAGGGUCAGGCGAUGAGUGAUUAA